AUGUCCGCAAAGUCCAUCCUCGAGGCCGAUGGCAAGGCCAUCCUCAACUACCACCUCACGCGCGCCCCCGUCAUCAAGCCGACUCCUCUGCCACCGGCAGCCACCCACAACCCUCCCGCCAAGCUGGCCUCUCUGUAUUUCCCCGAGAGCGCUGAUGUCAACGGUGUGCUCGACCAGGCCGAGGCGACCUACCCAUGGCUGUUGGCCAAUGGCGCCAAAUUCGUCGCCAAGCCAGAUCAAUUGAUCAAGCGACGAGGCAAGAGCGGCCUGCUCGCUCUCAAUAAGACCUGGAGCGAGGCCCGCGCUUGGAUCGAGGCUCGUGCUGGCAAGGAAGUCCAGGUUGAGACCGUCAAGGGCGCCUUGAGACAAUUCCUGGUCGAGCCAUUCGUGCCUCACCCUCAAGAAACCGAAUACUAUAUCAACAUCAACUCCGUGCGAGAGGGCGACUGGAUUCUGUUCACCCACGAAGGUGGUGUCGAUGUCGGUGAUGUCGACGCAAAGGCCGAGAAGCUUCUGGUCCCUGUCAACUUGAAGGACUUCCCCUCAAACGAGGAAAUUGCCGCAACCCUGCUGAAGAAGGUCCCCAAGGGCGUCCACAACGUCCUGAUUGACUUCAUCUCCCGCCUAUAUGCUGUCUACGUCGACAACCAGUUCACCUACCUCGAAAUCAACCCUCUCGUCGUCAUCCCCAACGCCGAUGCCACCUCUGCUGAGGUCCACUUCCUCGACUUGGCCGCCAAGCUGGACCAGACUGCGGAGUUCGAGUGUGGCACCAAGUGGGCGAUUGCCCGCAGCCCGGCAGCCCUGGGUCUGCCUGCCCCCAAGAGUGAUGGCAAGGUCAACAUCGAUGCUGGCCCGCCGAUGGAAUUCCCCGCACCUUUCGGUCGAGAGCUCAGCAAGGAGGAGAAGUUCAUCUCCGACAUGGAUGCUAAGACCGGUGCUUCCUUGAAGCUGACCGUCCUCAACUCGCGUGGACGUAUCUGGACCCUGGUUGCCGGUGGUGGUGCCUCAGUCGUCUACGCUGAUGCCAUUGCGUCGGCCGGCUACGUCAGUGAAUUGGCCAACUACGGUGAAUACUCUGGCGCCCCAACAGAAACCCAGACCUUCAACUACACCCGCACAGUCUUGGACUUGAUGCUCCGUGCCCCACAACACCCCGAAGGCAAGGUCCUCUUCAUUGGCGGUGGUAUUGCCAACUUCACCAACGUUGCCAGCACAUUCAAGGGCGUCAUCCGCGCUCUCCGCGAGGUUUCCUCGACUCUCAACGAGCACAAGGUGCAGAUCUGGGUGCGUCGUGCCGGCCCUAACUACCAGGAAGGUCUGAAGAACAUCAAAGCCGUUGGUGAGGAGUUGGGUCUGGACAUGCACGUCUACGGCCCUGACAUGCACGUCAGCGGUAUUGUCCCUCUUGCCCUUAGCGGCAAGACAACGACCGUCAAAGAAUUCGGUACUGCAUAG